GUAUCCCAGCUGCAAGAAGCAGGAAUAUAACGGAAAUCCGUGUAUUUGAGCCGGAUACUGGGAUUUGCACUCCCUGACGCUGAGUCCUUAUCUCCCUGUGCAAUAGAGGGGAAACAGAAAGAAUGUACAAUAUUCCACCCACGAGCGCGGAAAGAGCCGUCCUUGUAAGCACAAGUGAAAAUGAAUUAUACAGAAUUUUCGUAAAUUGUGGCUGUGUUGCUGCUGUUGGACUGAUAACUGUACAGUCUGGUCUAUUCUUCCUGUCUCGUUUUACUGCUCCUUGCCCUUUUAAUGUCCAGUAAGUAACUGUAGCGAACUGGAGACUGCUGCCAGCCCAUGGAAAAAAAGCUGACAGGGAAGAGCUGAAACCAGGAAAAUUCUGAUGCUGAUGCAUUUUCCCAAGAAAGACAAACAUGGUCACUGUGGUCGUUUCUUUCAUGGAUUUAGUAUUCUAGCGAGGGCUUCCAGGUGACUCGGAAGUCAAAUACUGCUGUAGUCACAUCAAGCCACAAGUUGGGUGAAUGAGCUGCUGCAAUCAUGCCUCCUCGGCCAUCUUCAGGGGAGCUUUGGGGGCUCCACUUGAUGCCUCCUCGGAUCCUGGUAGACUGCUGCCUUCCAAAUGGGAUGAUAAUAACAUUGGAGUGCCUUCGUGAGGCAACACUUCUAAGUGUUAAGCAUGACUUGUUUAAAGAAGCAAAGAAGUAUCCACUGUUCCACCUUCUUCAGGAAGAAUCAUCCUACAUUUUUGUUGGGGUAACCCAGGAGGCAGAAAGAGAGGAGUUUUAUGAUGAAACACGCAGGCUUUGUGACCUUAGGCUGUUCCAGCCUAUCCUGAAGGUAAUUGAACCAGUAGGGAACCGAGAGGAGAAAAUUCUCAACCGAGAAAUUGGUUUUGCAAUUGGUAUGCCCAUCUGUGAAUUUGAGUUAGUGAAGGACCCAGAGGUUCAGGAUUUUCGUCGUAACAUUUUGAGUGUAUGCAAAGAAGCAAUGGACUUGAGAGAGGCUAAUGGACCACACAGCCAGGCUCUUUAUGUUUAUCCUCCCAAUGUGGAGUCAACACCAGAAUUGCCAAAGCAUAUUUACAACAAACUGGACAAAGGGCGUAUUAUUGUAGCAAUUUGGGUGAUCAUGUCACCUAGCAAUGACAAGCACAAAUACACUUUGAUAAUGCCCCAUGACUGCCUGCCUGAACAGGUGAUUGCAGAGGCCAUACGAAAGAAGACUCGAAGUAUGCAUCUGUCACCGGAGCAGUUAAAGCUUUGUGUACAGGAAUACCAGGGAAAGUACAUUCUAAAAGUAUGUGGAUGUGAUGAAUACCUACUGGAAAAGUAUCCCCUCAGCCAGUACAAGUACAUAAGGAAUUGUAUUUCAGUUGGCUGGUUACCACAUCUGAUGCUGAUGUCCAAGGAGAGCCUGUACAGUCAGUUACCACAGAACACGUUUGUGAUGCCUUCUUAUGCACGACGCUCUAACACAUCAUCCUACAUGAAUGGAGAUCUUACAACAAAGCCUCUUUGGGCCAUUAACAGCCUGUUGCGCAUCAAGAUACUGUGUGCCACUUAUGUCAAUGUCAACAUUCGAGAUAUUGAUAAGAUUUAUGUCCGGACAGGAAUCUACCAUGGUGGUGAACCUCUUUGUGAUAUUGUCAAUACUUCACGAGUACCUUGCUCAAAUCCCAGAUGGAAUGAGUGGCUGACUUAUGACAUAUACAUGGUCGAUCUACCAAGGGCUGCACGUCUGUGUCUAUCAAUUUGCUCUGUGAAAGGAAGAAAAGGUGCCAAAGAGGUACUAGUUGAAUUAGGAUAA